AUGCCAAGAAAAAGAAAGCUAUUGGCUCAAUUAAGUGCUCUCCAAAGCAACUCCAGCCUCCCUCCUUUUGAUGGCUUGCAGAACCUCAACACUACGCCUGAUGGGGAUUCUCCUCCAAAAAGCAGCAAAUAUUUUGUGAUAGAGAAAAAAAAUUCUUCCCGGCUAGCAGCAGAUUUUUUCAACCAGCCCUGUAUUAGUCUAGCCAAGUCCUUUCUGGGACAGAUUUUAGUUCGCAAACUUCCUGAUGGCAGAGAACUCUGGGGGAGGAUUGUUGAAACAGAAGCUUAUCUGGGUGGGGAAGAUGAAGCUUCCCACUCGAAAGGUGGGAAGCAAACUCAACGAAACGCAGCAAUGUUCAUGAAACCAGGAACUCUGUACGUGUAUCAGAUCUACGGCAUUUAUUUCUGCGUGAAUGUUUCCAGCCAAGGGGAAGGGGCUGCAGUCUUACUUCGCUCUUUGGAGCCUCUUCAGGGUUUAGAAGCAAUGAGGGAGCUGCGCAGCACUUCGAGGAAAGGACCCACAAAGCCACUGAAGGACUGGCAGCUGUGUAAUGGGCCCUCCAAGCUCUGCCAAGCAUUUGGGAUUGAUAAGGCUUUUGACCAAAAGGACUUGACUCAAGAUGCAGCCAUCUGGAUGGUGCCUGGCCACGACCCACCAGAGGAGCAGGACGUGGUAGCCACGACAAGGAUUGGUAUUGGCAACAGGGGAGAAUGGGCACAGAAACCACUCAGGUUUUACUUACGAGGAAACAAAUUUGUAAGUGUAGUAGACAAGAAAACAGAGAAAGAGAUGGCAGCAACGGGACACAUCUCUUGCAGCUGA